CACUCUGCCCUCCCCGGACAGGUCUUUUACAACGGUGCCAACGUGAAGCAGGUGGACGUGCCCACGCUGACCGGCUCCUUCGGUAUCCUGGCCUCUCACGUCCCUACCCUGCAGGUCCUCAAACCAGGAGUCGUGACGGUCUAUGCUGAGGAUGGCACGGCCACCAAGUAUUUUGUGAGCAGUGGCUCUGUCACGGUCCACGCGGACUCCACCGUGCAGGUGCUGGCAGAGGAGGCGGUGACAAUGGACAUGCUGGAUCUGGCUGCUGCAAAAUCAAACCUGGAGAAGGCUGUUUCAGAGAUGGCUGCAGCAUCUGAUGAAGCAGCUAAAGCAGAAGCUCAGAUUAAAGUAGAAGCUAAUGAAGCACUUGUAAAAGCCCUGGAGUAGUUAAGGAAUUCCACUGUCGAUGUAGAGAAACCCCAGACUGUCCUACUUGUCCUGGCUUCCCCGAUUGUACAGAUGGUGCGGGACAAACGGAGGCGGAGAAAACGCUCUGAUCAAUUAAAAAGA